UUAUCACCCUCCACAGAGCACCCAAUCCCUCCCAUCGUGUUUCGUUUUUCUGAAAACAGAAUAGGGUUGGGGUGCGCACGAAAUUAGUUCGGAACAUUGGCCGCCGGUGACUUCCCUGGAAUUGCUUUCUCUCUCUCUCUCUCAACUUCGUCUGGAACUGGCCGUUCAUCCCACCAUCUCCAUAAGGCUGUCGGUGACUUCCCUGGAGCUGCUCUUUCUCUCUCUCUCUGCGAACUUCGUCUGGAACUGGUCGUUCAUCCCACCGAAACCAUAAGGCCGCCGGUGACUUCCCUGGAACUGCUCUCUCUCUCUCAUACACUUUUAUCAAUUUUCUAGGGCAUCGGAUCGUUUGAAGACCAGCUCAGGCGUAGGCUGCUUUGUCUGUGUCUCGCUCUUCGCUCAAAAGAUUGCAAGCGGCUAAUUCUUUAUAGAAGCUCUUCAAUUCAACUGUGGUGGUUUUCGUUUUUGAGAUGAGUGUAGUUUUCAGAAGGAAAGCAAAAGCUUCAAUCUUUUUUUCCCCUCGAAACAUAUCCACAGCAUUUUCAAUUGGGCUUGCUGCGGCUUCAUCAUCUAAGGAUUCCUCUGUUGUCUCCUUCAAUCCAUGGAUUCAGCAACUCAAAACGCCCCAAACUUCGAACCCCAGGGUUUCAACCCACUUGUUCUCAACCCAGUCCGGCAAAUUCCAAGAAUACGAAAUGCCCUCGGUUACUUGGGGAGUGAUUCAAGGCCGAAAGGAGAAGCUGGUAUCUCGUGUUAUCAUCUGCGAUUACUUGAAGAGUUUGGGAAUAAUUCCGGAUGAGUUAGAGCAUUUGGAGCUACCGUCAACGGUUGAAGUGAUGAAGGAGAGAGUUGAGUUCCUCCAGAAGAUUGGGCUAACCAUCGAUAGCAUCAACGAGUACCCGUUGAUGCUUGGGUGUAGUGUUCGGAAGAAUAUGAUUCCUGUUUUGGGUUAUUUGGAGAAGAUUGGUAUUCCCAGAUCGAAACUUGGAGAGUUUGUGAAGAAUUACCCUCAGGUUCUCCAUGCGAGUGUUGUGGUUGAGCUCGUCCCUGUUGUGAGGUUCCUUCGAGGUCUUGAUGUUGAGAAGCAGGAUAUCGGAUAUGUGUUGCAGAAGUACCCAGAGCUUCUGGGUUUUAAGCUUGAAGGCACUAUGAGUACUUCGGUGGCUUAUCUUGUGAGUAUUGGAGUCAGCCCCAGAGAUAUCGGGCCUAUGGUCACUCAGUACCCUUACUUCCUUGGAAUGAGAGUUGGCUUAACGAUCAAGCCUAUUGUUGAUUACUUGGUCUCUCUGGGUCUUCCCAAGAAGAUCUUAGCUCGGAUGUUUGAAAAAAGGGCUUAUAUUCUAGGAUAUGACCUCGAAGAAACGAUGAAGCCGAAUGUGGACUCUUUGAUCAGUUUUGGAGUUAGGAGGGAAGCUCUAGCUUCUGUUAUAGCACAGUUUCCCCAGAUACUUGGGCUCCCUUUGAAGGCUAAGUUGUCUUCUCAGCAGUAUUUCUUUAACUUGAAACUGAAGAUUGAUCCUGAAGGUUUUGCUCGCAUCAUUGAGAAGAUGCCCCAAAUUGUUAGUCUUAAUCAAAAUGUGACUUUGAAACCCAUUGAGUUCCUCCGUGGCCGUGGGAUACCACCUGAUGAUGUAGCAAAGAUGAUUGUGAAGUGUCCACAAUUGGUUGCUCUCCGUGUUGAGCUAAUGAAGAAUAGUUAUUACUUCUUCAAAAGUGAAAUGCAACGGUCAUUGAGAGAGCUCCUGGAGUUCCCAGAAUACUUCACUUACAGCUUGGAGUCAAGGAUUAAGCCCAGGUACCAGAGAUUAUCAAGCAAGGGGAUCAAGUGUAGUCUGGCCUGGUUCCUUAACUGCAGUGACCAGAGAUUUGAAGAGAGACUGCAGGCUGAUUAUAUUGAAACAGAAAGUAUGGGGCCAUCAUUUUGUAUAGGUGGUAAAUUAGAGCUGCCAGGGGGUGAUAUUGUAUCAGAUGAGGAUGAAGAUGAAAGUGAUGAUGAAAUAGUCUACAGACGCACUGUAUCUCUUUAGUAAUUUCUUUGAUGCAUCAAAUUUAAUUUAUAUACUAGAUGAUAACAUGAUUCUCUUUUUUAUUUUCUUGCGUAUUCUUCA